GCCCCCCCCUCCCCCCAGAGCCCGCGACCCCCGGCCUUCCCCCAGCUGCAGCCCGGCCGCCGCCUGAUCAUGGACUCGGCCGGCCAAGAUAUCAGCCUGAAUUCUCCUAACAAAGGUCUGCUGUCUGAUUCCAUGACGGAUGUCCCUGUUGACACAGCGGUGGCUGCCCAGACUCCUGCUGUGGAGGGUCUGUCGGAGGCUGAGGAGGAGGAGCUCAGGGCUGAGCUUGCAAAGGUGGAAGAGGAAAUUGUCACUCUGCGCCAGGUCCUGGCAGCAAAGGAGAGACACUGUGGAGAGCUGAAAAGGAAGCUGGGCCUCUCUGCCUUGGAGGGCUUGAAGCAGAACCUGUCCAAGAGCUGGCAUGAUGUGCAGGUCUCUAACGCCUAUGUGAAAACUUCUGAGAAACUUGGAGAGUGGAAUGAGAAAGUGACCCAGUCGGACCUCUACAAGAAGACUCAGGAAACUCUCUCUCAGGCGGGACAGAAGACUUCAGCUGCCCUGUCCACCAUGGGCUCUGCCAUCAGCAGGAAGCUAGGAGACAUGAGCAGCUACUCCAUCCGCCACUCGAUAAGCAUGCCAGCCAUGAGGAACUCUGCAACCUUCAAGUCAUUUGAAGACCGAGUUGGGACCAUAAAGUCAUAGAAGGAAGAGUCAUCCAGAAAGCCCUGCCUAAUCUGCAGUUUUUAUUUCAAAAUACUAAAGAAGAAAACUGUCCAUUUUCUGAGACCCUCCAGGAAAGAAACUGAUUAUCAGCAGCUGCCUAAUUGUUACACUAAUGAUCUAGCUUUAACAAAAGCAAAUUCUUUAUUUUUUAAAUGCAGUGGAUCUUUCAAAAAUUAAAAACUAAGCAAAGCAGCUUUAGCCUCGUAGUUAGAAAAUAUACUGUUUCUUCGGACUCAAGCUGAAAUACAAGCCUUACAUCGCCUUAUGCUUAAUUGGUUUAUAAUGUUUUUAUAAAUGAAAAUGAGGUUCUCGAGUGGGUUUUGAGCACUCUGUAGAAUUCUGCAUCUAGCCCAAGUGGCAGCAUGCCUGUUCCAAUGGUGUGUUUUAUUUUACUGAGACACUCCAUCCCAGUGUAUGAAACUUGCUUCUCUCUCCUCACGACUGUGGCAGCUCCCGCUGGCCAAAGGGCUCCUGGGCCUCUGGGGGUGGGGAUGGGGGACAGGAGAAAGAAAAGCCAGCACCCUCCACAGUGCUGCCGCACUGCCCUUGUGUGCCCUGCUGGCACAUUACCACUCAGCGCCUCCAGCCUGCCUGUUUGUUGCAUGCCGGGGGCGAGCAAACAGCAGACGGACCCUGCAGGGCAGGGCAGGUCAGGGCUGGGGCGCUGGGGUCAGCUGGAACUCUGCUGUCACCUUUUCUCAGGAGCUACAAAGAUCUCUUUCCCAUUUUGAAGCUGCCGUGCCCCAGCAGCCUCUCACCCAGGGCCCCAAGUGUUGGGUGUGUCUGCAGGGGCAGCUCCGUGCCUUACUGGCUCUUAGCGGGCAGAGACCUUGCCUACGCGUGCGGCUGCACUCCCUAUGGGGAGGAGCCGUCAGCUCCAAGUGUCUGCUCUGGGAGACUGUGAAGUGCUCUCAGGGACCUGAGUGUUUGCUGGUCACUCAGACACCCCGAGGGGACAGCAGGCCACGCUUGUGCUGUGGAAGAACACCACUCGGUGUUUCUUCUCCAGGGUUAGAAUCUCUCAGACGGGGUGUGAUGAGAAGGCAGGGUGCAGGGGUAGUGACUGAUUUAUCUUUUCCUUAAAGCAAAUACUGGGUAAUUUGUCAAUAAAGCAUUCCUUUAUUAUGGGAAAAAUCCA